CUCACUUUCGGGGUCGCCGUUGACCCUACCUCGCCCUGGGCUCGCAUGCCUCCGGGCACGCUGAAAUGGCACAACGCUGGCCGCACAAGCUUUGCAUUUGAUACUCUAAAGCGUUAACGGCAGUCGGCCAAGCGAAACGAGCUGAUUUCGAGCUUUGUGCACCCGACAUUGGCCAGCGGACCGGGCCCGUACGAUUCCCGGUCCACCCGCAGGGUCAGCAACCCGAGUCAUGCUCCGUUAGCUAUUUCGCUACCAAUUGCUGCCGCUAUGGCAAGUAUGGGAAAAUCAAUUGAGAAGGGACUCCGGGCCUCCGAGGACCUGUUCUGCCGGCUGGACGCUCUAGAGAAAUCGCACAAGCAACUACAGCAGAAGGUCGAAGAGCAGGGCGCAGAGCUGGAGAUUCUCAAGUUGGGCGCGGUUGAGUACGCAAAAGUACUUCGCCGGAGCCUGCUUGAGGACGCAUCCAAGUAUAUUGAACAGAAGGUGGAGGAGCGGCAGCCAGGGGAGGCGUGGAACGCGUACAUCCAACGUCAGGAGUUGAGGCUGGGACCGACGUGGCUCCUAGACAUCAGCAUCCCCCAGGGCUGCGUCGGGCUGCUGCGCCGCGGCCUGAACACAUCCUUCCAUCACGGCUGCACAGCUGCCCACCAGCUGCGUGCCUACAACUCGCGUGUGUUCAAUGAGACCUACCUGGCGGGCGUGCCUGAAGACAGCCAAGACCCUUGGGUGGAGCUGUUGACAUUCAUCCAGGCACAGGGCCUGUAAGCGGUGUGGCUGGCCCUGCUGCGAGUCGCAGGCAUGGUCGGCGACCACCUGCUGCCGCUGGCCACCGACAUUUCAGCGCCGAUGGAGGGGGCAAGCCGAUGCCCAGCGGCUUCUGCGGGCCGUGGAUACCAGCGAGGUGUGGGAGCUGCCGCUGGAGGGUGCGAUUACCAAGGAUGGACUCGGAGAUGGAUCACUACUUGCGCUGCGUGCGGCCGCUGCCUGCGCCGGAGGAGGUUAACAGAGUGGCUUGCGCGGCCAUAUGAACUCCUGAGCGUUUUGUUGUAGUCAGACUGCUGUGGGCUGGGCUGCUUAGGGCAGCUUGCAUGGCUUUUGCAUUGGUGUGCAUGCACCUCGGGCCAUUUGACAGCAAAUCGAUUUGCAUAUUGCGGCCGUCAGUCACAAACGUAUGUGGCUGUUAACAGGUGACCAUGCAUAAUACUGUGUUUCCGAAGUGGUAUAGACCUGGUGUUAUAUGAGUACGAAUGUAGGCCGCUGCUGCGUUGCUACCUAGGGGGCCUUUGUAGGUCGCUGAGGGUCCAUGGCCUUCGGCCCGCCCUAGUCUGCCCCGGCACCCUGCCAUAGCCAGAGCAAUGCUGUAGGGGCGCGCACAACUCAGCGCGCACAACUCAGAGCUAAAACCUGUCAACCUUCGGCUUGACAGUUAAAACUGUCUGUUGUACAUUCAUCUCGUGGUGCUUUUAGCAGGUACGGUAAGUACGCCAGCAGCUCCUUGUUGGAGGCUGUGUCGAACAUGGCAGUACUUGUGUUAUUACGAUCUGGCACAUGAACCAGGCCUGCACGACCCUGCCUGCGGUAGUUGCACGCUCCUGCCAACUCAGCAGGCAGCACUGCCGCUGUAUCGCGCUGGCACAAGGAGCGUUACGGAGAUGCGCUAAAGAAAAUGCGAAUGCAAAAACGACCAGUCGUUGAUGUCACUGGUAGCAGGCAGCAGGAAAGGGGGGCGUGAGUGGCAAGGAGGAGCGCGCCUGCACAUUACCUCGAAGGGGCGGUAACCGCUGAGAGAAAACCACUGUGGCCCCAUGCCGCCGGUGCGACUGUAAGCUGUGGUGUAC